AUGGGCGACAAUCUCACAAUGGGCGACAACAAGGCAUUCACUCUCUUCGACAUGGGCCUGUUCAGCGGCAAGCCGCAGCACGAGCAGUUCUGCCGCUUGCACGAGCUGGGCACCGUCUCGACCCUCAAGCCCAGUGCCAACCCCCACAUCUUCCCAGACGGCGACAAACUCACUUUGCCCGAGACGUACACCGGCGGCGACGGGAAGGAGCAUUCUGUAUCAGAGUUGCUGAAGGAUACGGCGACUGGCGCCCUCCUUGUUCUGCACGACGGCAAGGUUGCGUUCGAAGAGUACUGGCUCACCAGCGGCCCGGAGGUGCCGUGGCUCUCCAUGUCCGUUGCCAAGAGCUUCACCUCCACUCUGGUCGGUAUCGCCCACGCUGAGGGACACAUCAAGUCCCUCGACGAGCCUAUUAGCAAAUACGUCAAGGUUCAGCCUGGGAGCGCAUAUGACGGCGUUCCCAUCCGCACUGUUCUCCGCAUGUCGUCGGGCGCUAGAUGGAACGAGGACUACUCGGACCCCAACAGUGAUAUUGCGCUGUUUGGCCGUGCAGCCAGCGGAGAAGACGGCGGAUGCCUCGAUGACUUUAUUGCGUCCAUGGUGCGCGAGGUCGAGCCAGACACUGUUUGCCGGUACAACUCGGCAGAAACGCAGGUCCUCGGCGCCCUGGUCAAAGGCGCAACUGGCCGCAGCGUUACCGAUUACAUGCAGGAGAAGCUUUAUGAGCCCCUCGGCAUGCGGUACCCCGGUUAUUGGCUGCUCGAUAACCGUAACGUCGAGCACACGUAUGGCGGGCUCAACUUGACCGCACAGGACUUUGCCAAGAUUGGCGAACUGUUCCGCCUCGACGGAGAGUGGAACGGGCGCCAGAUCGUGCCCAAGGAGUGGGUGAAGGAGGCAACGACUGUCGAUGGUCCCCUGCGUGAGCCCGGACAGCCUAUCGUCGGCGGACACAAUCUCCCCCUCGGGUAUGGGUACCAGUGGUGGGUGCCGCCUGGAGACGAAGGCGAAUUCGCCGGCAUCGGCGUCUACAACCAGUUUGUGUACGUCAACCCGGUGCGUGGGGUCACGAUCGUCAAGAGCUCGGCCAACCCCCGGUACGGCAUCAGCGAGCAGGAGGAGGACAACAAGGACAUCGAGAACCUCGCCUUGCUCCAAUCGCUGGCGCGCCUCUUCCCUAAGAAGGCGUAA